GCUAGGGGCAAGCGCGGGCACGGACGGUUCAGUCCCGCUCUCCGACAACGCGCCUGGCGCCAGGGCCCGCCUGACCCCGCGGCCUCCCGGGGCGGAGCCGCUGCCGCGCCCCGAGCCCGAGUCCACAGGUUCACGCGCGGCCCGUCCGUGGCACCGAGGAUCCCAACAGCGACUCCCCGACGGCCGCGCCAUGCUCGCCCUGCGACGCAGCCUGGCGAGGGCUCUGGCCGCCCGGACGCCCCCGACCCCGCAGGUAUGCUCAUCUUUUGCUACAGGCCCCAGACAGUGUGAUGGAACAUGCUAUGAAUUUCGUACCUAUUAUAUUAAGCCCCCAAAGAUGAAUGAGUUCUUGGAAAAUUUUAAGAAUAAUGUUCAUCUUCGGACUGCUCAUUCUGAAUUGAUUGGAUAUUGGAGUGUCGAAUUUGGAGGCAGGCUGAAUAAAGUAUUUCAUAUUUGGAAAUAUGAUAAUUUUGCUCAUCGAACUGAGGUUCGGAAGGCAUUGGCCAAAGAUAAGAAAUGGCAGGAGCAGUUUCUCAUUCCAAAUUUGGCUCUAAUGGAUAAACAGGAGAGUGAGAUCAUGUACCUGGUGCCAUGGUGUAAAUUAGAAAAGCCUCCCAAAGAAGGAGUUUAUGAAUUGGUCACUUUUCAGAUGAAACCAGGUGGACCAGCACUCUGGGGUGAACCAUUUCAACGGGCAGUCAAUGCCCAUGUCAAUCUAGGCUACUCAAAACUAAUUGGUGUUUUCCACACAGAAUAUGGAUCCCUUAACCGAGUUCAUGUUCUUUGGUGGAAUGAGAGUGCAGAUAGUCGUGCCAUGGGGAGACAUCGGUCUCAUGAGGAUCCCAGAGUGGUGGCAGCUGUUCGGGAAAGUGUCAAUUACCUAGUGUCUCAGCAGAAUAUGCUUCUGAUCCCCACAUCAUUUUCACCGUUGAAAUAGUUUGCCACUGAAACACAAAGCCUUUCAUUUACUGCCAAUAAAAUGUGUCUGCUAAUAGUGCUUAAAUUUUCCAAGCGAUUCUUUUAUUUGGAGGAAGUGGUAAGUUAAUUCACUGUCUCUGCAUUUUGAAAGCCACCUCUUUUCAAUGUUAUUACCACCUGAGGAAAUAGUUAUAUUCAUUUUCAUUCUGAUAACAUAGCAUUUCUCAUAUUGAAAUGAUUUUGUGCUUGCAGUAUUUUAAAAUUGCUCCUAUGUAUCAACUCAUCCUGUCUGCUUUUACUGAAAUUUAAAAUGUUGCCCUUUAAAGUUUAUUUUGUGAUGCCGCUGGAAUUUAUUAAAUAUCAAAUCAAAUAUAUUUGAGACAGGCUAAUAUCUGUGUUACUUGUAUUAAUUCUGGCUUUCAAAUUAUUAGUCAGUCUGAUUUGGAAAAUAAUAUAAUUAUACCUAAGUUUAAAACAACUUUAGGAAACUUCCCUUCUAUGCUGGAAUGUAUGGGCUAUAGUUACAUUUGUUUAUUUUAUUUUGUAUCACUAACGAAGACUCGACUCAUGUUUUUAAGAUUUUUAUGGACUUGGAAAUGAUUACCCUAAUAAAAACGCAUUC